GGGCAGUGCGGACUGCGAUGUGGUAGCGAGAGGCGGCGGCCGCCAUGCACACCCCCGUAGCCACCAUGGAGCGGCCCUCCUCGUCCUCGGCCGGCCUCUCCACCAGCCGCGACGACCAGGACAACUUCACCAACAGCAUCCUGUGCAUCCAGGAGGAGCUGGGACAGCUGAGUGGCAGCCCCACGGCAGCGGACGAGUGCUGCGGGGGCGGCGGCAGCCCCCUGGGUGCCCAGGCACCCUCACCACCCCCACCGGCCCAGGCAGAGGUGUGCAGCGCCGGCCCCCGAGGCCCGCAGGACCGAGCCGGCUGGAUCGAUGGCCUCAUCGGCUGUCUGCGCCCCGUCUGGACCAUUAUUGGCAAGGCCGCCUCACACGAGAUCAAGAGCAAGCAAGAUGACUGGGAAAUACCCUUUGAAGAUAUCAGUGAUUUGCAGUGGUUGGGAUCUGGAGCUCAAGGUGCUGUUUUCAGUGGCAAGUGGAAGAAGGAAAUGGUUGCGGUGAAGAAAGUACGUGAACAGAAGGAAACUGAUAUUCGGAAUCUCAGGAAGCUUAAUCAUCCGAAUAUUGUACAGUUCAAGGGAGUUUGCACACAGGCUCCAUGUUACUGUAUAGUCAUGGAGUAUUGCCCAUAUGGCCCUCUGUACAAUCUGCUUAAGGAUGGAGAAGAAGUACCUCCUGCUCGUCUUGUGAGGUGGUCAAAGGAGAUUGCUUCUGGAAUGAAUUAUCUUCAUCAACACAAGAUCAUUCACAGAGAUCUUAAAAGUCCAAAUGUUUUGAUUGGAAGAGGAGAAAUAGUGAAGAUAAGUGACUUUGGAACAAGCCGUGAAUGGAAUGAGAAUAGCACAAAAAUGACAUUUGCUGGUACUGUAGCCUGGAUGGCUCCAGAAAUUAUACGAAAUGAACCAUGCUCUGAGAAAGUAGAUAUUUGGUCUUAUGGUGUUGUGCUGUGGGAACUGCUAACCUGUGAGGUGCCCUACAAAGAUGUAGACUCAUCAGCAAUUAUGUUUGGAGUGGGGAACCAUUCCUUACAAUUGCCAAUACCAAGUACCUGCCCGGAUGGCUUCCGCCUCCUCAUCAAGCAGUGCUGGAGUGACAAGCCCCGCAACAGGCCAUCAUUCAAACAUAUUCUGAUGCACCUUGACAUUGCAGCUGUUGAAGUGCUUUGUACAACUCCAGAGAAAUAUCUUAAAACCCAGGCAACUUGGAAAGAAGAAGUGCGCAGCAAGAUGUUACAGCUGCAGUCUAGUGGAUCACGGUUGCCCAGGUGUGAGGAAGAUCUUGUAAAAAGGAGAAACGAAGAGCUGAGGCAUGCACAGGACAUCAGAGAACAUUAUGAACGAAAGCUGGAUAGAGUUAACGAUAUUUAUCUUGAAGUACAUGCACAGUUUCUCCAAGUGGCAGAACAAAAGAAACAAUUGCGUGCUAAGACAAAGCAGUUGGAACAGUGGGAGCAACAACUGCGAAAGCGUGAGAAAUAUGUAAAUGUAAUGCAAGCAGGGAUGAAAAAUCAAAAGCAAAGUACAAAGAGACGAAAUCCUCUUUGCAGUAUGUCUACAACACCAACUUCGCCAGAACAGCAAACAACAAGCCCUGAAUCUCCUAGGAACUGGGCUGAGGGUAACCCUGUCAUGGCAACUCUGGUGGUCAAAGGAGUAUCACAAGCAAAAUCGAUUGUGAGCUGCGGAAGUCCCGGUGAUAAGCAAGUACGACAGAGGAGGUACAGGCAUAGGAGAGUUGGGUCUGGAAGUGGCAGCAGUUCAGCUCUUGCCAGGAGUAGUCCAGGACAUGAGAGGAAGUUGGGGUCUCAAACUGAGCAUCGCCUGGUUGACAGUGAAACACAGACUGAUAUACUCAUGGAUGUCAGUGAGACAGAAACGAGUCCUAGUGCGUGUCUGGCUAAUCGAAAAAUGGCAACAAUGACAGAGAUGCCGAAGGACUCGGAGUUAAGACUUCCCGCCUUGGAUUCUACAGAAGAGCGUUGUCCUUCUCCGGGUGCAGAAAGUCUCAAUGGAAACAGCUGUAGGCAACCUUGUUCAAGCCCAGAGCCUAACAGCAACAUUCGUUUGACUACUUGCAGUGACGAUGACCACCUAGAUACACUUGACCGCAAAGUGAGUGAAAUUGUCAGUCGAAACCGUGUGCCAUCCCCCACUAAUGGGAACUCUGAGAGUGUGUUAGUAGGGAGGCAGUAUAGCUCAGAAACACUGGACUCUCAGGACCAGAGCUGGUCAGAAGAGGAAGGAGACACCCUGGAUGGUUACAACUACAGCCUGCGGCGACGGAGCAUUGCUCGGAGACCUAUUGCACCAGGUGUGAGGUCCCGCAGAUACAAGCAAGCAGUGGUUGCUGCAACACUCAGCAAUUUGUCAGACGAGGAAAAUACUUCUGAAUACAGCCACCCGCCUUCUAGCCAGUGUUCCACCCUGGAGAGCAACCCAGACCUUUUAAAGUCCAUUACGAAUUUAGGCAACAAACGAGCACAUAGUGACUCCCAAGAUGGAGUAACAUCACCUGGCAGUUCAGAUUCCGAAUCGGACGACGUAAGUGAUAUGACUAUUGGAACACAGCUAGCGAACUCGCCGAAGAUAGAGACAAUUGUCUGAUGGCAGGAAUAUUCGACAUACUCCUUUCCACUGAACUUGAUUCCUUUUAUAAUUAAGUUAAGGUUGUUUUUAGUAACAUAUGACAUUUUAAAAUUUAUGUAUAAUGUACAAUCAUUAUAUACGGAAUGUGAUGAAGUUUAAGAGGUAUGUCGUGACAAUGUUGUUAAUUAUAAGGCAACAUUCCAGAAUUUUUACAUUAAGAAUCAAUUUAGUUUUGGCUACAAUUAGUCACAUUUUCAGGCCACUUUAUUUUCUGCAAAUUAUUUUUUUGAUAUAGAGAGCAGUCUGUAAGUCACAUAGCAGAAAAAUUAAGUCACAUCACAACAAUAGGUUUGGCAUGUGCUAGUGUUCACUGUUGACAAUAGAGAAUGAUCUCACAUUAAAUGUUCAUCACAUUCCUUCUAGCUAUCCAUGUUUUAAUGGUGUUUGCAUCAUGAUGGAUGCAGCUGAGAUAUUAAUAAUUUUAUUUAUGUUGUCGUUGCAUGUAGACGUAUUUUAUUGGGCAUCAAGCUGGUGCAGUAAAAUUAGUCAAAUAUUUUACAUUCCAUAUCAGAAGCAGUAUUAUUUUUACAUGUUACUGAAAUUUGCUUUGAGUGAUAAAGAUUGUAAAACAUGGAUAUAUUAAUGUCUGAAUUGUGGUUUAAAGACUGAAUCUCAGGGACAGGAGUUUGACAGACAGACAUCACAAAAAUAAGUUCACAUUCACUGCCACUCAAUGACUUAUGCAUAUGUACAAAGUUAUUUAAUUACAUAUAUUUCUCAAAGUAAUUUGUGUAGAUGCAUGCUAUCAAUAUUAUAAUGUUUAUGCUGUACAGGUCAAAUAAUGACAUAUUGUCACACACUGUAGAUCAUUUUGUUGUUACUAUACUUGUAGCCAUCAGAUCCUCCCAAGUAGUUUCUUACAGCAAGGUAUUUUAUUUAAGAAGAAAAGAGAGACUUUAGCAUAACUAUGCUACUGGUUAUUGACUGUACAUAAGCAGCACAUCUCAUUCAGAUUUCAUGUACUGUGUAUUUUAUAAUGCCUCUAAACCUAUUAGUGAUUCACUGUGACUGGCCUGAAAUAUGAUGAGUGUCUGUAAGCUUCUGUCAUGAAUGAAGUGUAUUCACACUUCAAAAAUGUUGCUCUUCUUAGUUUAUAAUUUGUGUGUGUGUGUGUGUGUGUGUGUGUGUGUGUGUGUGCGCGCGCGCAGAAUGGCAAAGAAUACUUUUUCUCCAUUCCUACAGUAAAUUAAUUUUAGAGAAUAGUAUUGAUUAUUAUUUCUUUCCUCAGUGCACCUUGCAUGAAAUUGAGAUUCCUAAGCAUGACUGUCAGACACUCAAUAUUACCAUGACAUUCUUGUGUGGUUGUGUAAUUUUUAGAUUUUUGCUGUUCAAUAUUUAUUUUUUUAAGUCUGUGUAAGAUAUUAUUAAGUAAGUUUUUUGUUACUCUGACACUAGCGAGAUGAUGCAAUAUGUUCAUUAUAGAAAGAAAAAUGUAGAUGAUAUUAAUAGUAGCACAGAUUCUUUACUUCAGAUACAGUGGAAGAGUACAUUCAGAGUUCCCCAUUUAAUUCUCACAUUCAGUGUAAAGAGAAGAGUAUAUUUGUGUACCUCACUUAGAUUGCAGAGCCCAUUAGCUGCUUCUACACAGUCUCUGUAUAUAAUUAUGAUGAUGUAAAUUAGAUAUUCCAGUAAGCUAUAUAUAAAUAUAUAAACGGAGGCUGUGGAGCACUUAAAAGUACUGAAUAAAAUAUUUCAUUCCAAAAGUACAAGUUUCUGUAAUGUUUAAUCUAUUCUAUGAAAUAUGUUAAAAAUGUCUAAAAUAAAGUGUCUG